AUGGCUCCAUUCAGCUACGAUGUUACAAAAAUUUAUAUAAACCAUGAUUUUCCAGAGUUUCAAGAAUUUAGAGAGAGUCUUAACGGAGAGCAGACCCCAAUGCGUAGCAUUGUUUCCAUGACAAGUAUGAGCUAUGGCAGUGCAUUUGAAGACUUCUCUUCUGGACAAAUGAAUGUUUUGACCAUUUCAGAUAUAUAUCAAAAUAGAGAAUAUGGUGAUUUUUGGGUUGUUGCUAAAAUCGUUGGCAUUGAGAGUUCGGGUGAUUGGUUUUAUGUUUCUUGCAAAGCACAUGGUUGUAAUAAAAAGUUGAUUCUACGUAAUGAUGGUCAAAAGUAUGACUGUGAUAAAUGUAAGAGGACUUGGGAAGAGGGUAUUCUCAGGUACAGGGUUAAGAUUAGAGUUGUUGACCUCAAUGGAAAUGCACCAUUCAUACUAUGGGACAGAGACUGUCAAGAUUUAUUAGGUAUUUCAGCAACAGAUCUAAGGAAGAGGACCUUGGAGGGACCCCUUACAGUCCCCAGUGAAAUAGAAUCCUUAGUGGGACUUGCAAUGGUUUUUAGGAUUGCUGCAAGAAAGGAACAAUUUGAUAACCUUCACAAUGCCUUUGCAGUUAUUAAGGUUAUGAAUGACCCUAAAUUAGUAUCAGUUUACUGUCGAGAGCUAUUGGAGGCACCGGAUAAGGACCUAACAUCUGAACUGCAUUCACAGGAUGAAGAAAUUUCUAGAGAGGAUUUUGAGGAUGAGGAUGUUGCUGAGAGUCCAAGUUUACCAGCAAAUCCCAUGAAGAAAGUUGAUGAAGGUGAAUGUGGAGCUGUUAAGAGGUCUCUGCUUGAUGAGUUCUCCUCUACCCAAAGUUCUAAGAAGACAAUGAAGUCAAUUGUGAAGAUGGAAAAAUAGGGCUGAAUUUGUUUGGGCAAACUUUGUGGUUGGAAAACGUUAUGUGCAUGGUGACUGUAUGCACUAAUGCAUAUAUGUCAACAUUGUGUUUUGGAUUCUUAAAGACAAUUGUGUCUGGCGACACGUGUAUUGGCUUUUGUUGUGCUAUAUUUUGACAAUUAUGUUUGGUGGCACAACUAUUUUGAGACAAUUGCCAGACUAAUUUCUAUAUCUAUCUUAUUGUUUUUAAUUGCCACCACAAUUUCUAUAUC